UGUAAAAAAUAAAAAUUAUAGGUACUAAACCGUAAUUUGCCAAUGAUCCAUGGAUCCAAUCCAUGAAUCCACCAAUCUAAUUGGAUAUGGAUAAAAUGGAUUGGAUUUAAAUGGAUUGGAUUAGGUGGAUAUUUUUAAUGGAUUGAUGGAUUGGAUUGGUGGAUUGGAUUGAAAUUGCCACCUCUAAUCAUGAUUCUUGUAAGGAUUCAUAAAGUUGAUCACAAGCUAGAGAGAGAUGCAAAGGAUGCCUCUAAUGCAUACAUAAAAUAAAAGUAGUAGUAUGACGUUUUAGUGCUAAGAAACCAGUUACGAGGAGAUGACCAUUCAGUUUAUGGUUCAAGGAUAAGACGAGAUAUCAAGGAAUAAAGUAAGAAAUACAAAAUUAGACUGUACAAACCCUCGGAGUAAAAAUGAUUAUCACAAGUGAGGCUUGGAGUAAUUACAAUGGACAAAUUUCGAGAACGAAAUUUCUAUAAGUGGGGAGGAAAUGCGAUGCCUUGAUUUCAACCGAAGUUCAACAACAAGUAUUGAAUGAGUUGAACUGACGCAUCAAACAGUAUGGGAAUCACACUACCAGGCCAAGUUGUGGAAUUAAAGGGCAAUGAGUCACUUAAAGUUAUACGAUUCUACAAAGUAGAUGAGGAUACCUAUUAUGGUCAAGAGGAAAUAUAGGGAGUACAGUAAACUAUGAGAGACGAGCAAAGGGAACCAUUAAUUGAAGUUGAUAUAGUGAGAAUAAAUUUUUGACGCAAGAAAGUACAAAAAUGGUGUUGAGAGAAGAAUGAAGUUUGAACAAUUUCAGGGACGAAAAUAUUCCAAUAGGGGGAGAAAUGUUACACCCCGUCCUUUCCUUAAAUCAAAAUGACUAUUAUACCCUUAGAAAAUUCGUCAAAUCCCGCCGUGAUCGAUGAGGAAUAAAAUUGUGAACACUCGAACACCGGUGUUGAGUUUGACAUUUAACGAGAAAAUUACAGACGUUACCUGAUUUUCAGAUUAAACUCACCCGAUACCCAAUUAAUCAUGAAAUUCCCAAAAUAUGCCUUAGACUAAUAAAACCCUAAACUAAUCCUAGAGCCACAGGCACAGCUGCCCAAACCCUCCCAACCUCCCUCCGUCCAUAUAUAUAUUUUCCCUUACUAAGAAAACCAAACCCCGCCGCCCAGAUUUUCUUCCCCGACUCAUCAAUUCCCUACCUCUCCAAAAAUUUGAGAGCCGCAAUACCUAGCAGCGUCGAGUGAAGCGCUGGCGAGUUGUUCAGAGGGUCAUGCAGGGCAAUUCUCAUCGAUGGAAAGCAAGGAGGUAGUGGAGUCGAUGUUUGUGGGAUCGGAGGGGUGCACGAUGAAUAUCAACGGGGUACUUGGAGGAGAGAUGUACGAAGCAUAUAUAUAUAAUAUUCCUUUGGGUCGGCAUUAGGAGGAGCCGCCACGCAACCGAAUGCAGUAAUAGAUAGAGGGAGAGCGAGCACCGCCAGAAUUAUGCUUCAUGGAUGGACUAGGGUGGGUUUCUCUCAAAGUGAGGGUGGAUAGGUCACGAGGCAGUGAAAUUGGUAAGGGAAAUGGCCAUUAAGCUUUGUAAGACUGAUAUAUAUUUAUAACUUUGAGAGACCAAGCUUUUGAUCUCAUAUACGAGGUUAGUGAUUAAUUAAAACCCCCUUUGAGGUGGAGCUUACAAGGAUGGAGCCUACAUGAGCGGAUAUGCAUGGAUGAUGGAUUGGAUGAUGUGGGUUAGAACGUGGAAACAAACGAGUAGUGCUGCCUUGAGCCAGUCGACUUGAACAGUCAGGUGAGUGUAAAGGGGGAAAUUCUACGCCUUACGUAUUUUUAAGCAGUUACCUUACGCAUUUUAAGUAUUUUGUGAAGUGGUUGAUAUGGUUGUUUAUGCGUUUGGUUGAUGAUAUGUGACUUGUUUUAAUUAUGACUUGAAGUGAAUGUUUAUUAUUUACUUUGAAAUUUUAAGAGUAUAAGUUAUUGUUAAAGUUUAAGAACAAGUUCUUUUUAAGAAGUAACUCACCUUCAAGAAGGUGAAGUCGUUUUACGUGUUUUUAGUCACUAGCGCCAGUCCGUUUUCAUUUGAGAUUUUGAGAUAGAGCAACAGUUAUGCUCUUGAGACCUUUGAAAUAGAGCAGCAGUUAUGCUCUUGAGAUUUUAAGAUGAGCAGCAGUUAUGCUCUUGAGAAUCGUGGUGAAGAGCCACCACGAUAAGUUUAAGAUGUUAGGAGGAUGAAUCGUUACGACUCUCCUAACUAAGUUUAAGUUUAAGGAAAGCCUGAGUGGCUUCUCAUAUGCAUGAGUUGGGCAACCAAACUAGCUAGUGAGGGAUUCCCGUGUCAGUCAAGAAUUUAAGUGGAGAUUUGAGCUUUAAGAGUAUAGUUUUAAGAGUUAAGAUUUUUAAUAGUGGAAGUACAAAAACAACUUUCACUAAAUUAAGUAAAGUGAUCAAGUGUUAAUAAGAUGUUAAACGUAAGGGCGUAGACUGACCCCGUCUCACUCACCAGUUUGAAGAGCUAGAGGAGCAGUUAGUGAGCAGCGUGUUCGAGGGCAACCUACUAGAGGAGGACAGUAUAAGCGUCACGGAGGAUGCUUAGUCAAGGUUUUCAGUAGCAACAACAUUUGAGAUUAUUAGUUAUUUACAUUUAUGAUUAUGAGUAUAAAUUGGAGAUCAUUUUGAGAUUUUAAGUAUUGAGUUUUCCCAUGUGUUAGGGUGUUGCUUUGAACUACAAGAGUGUGUUAUCAGUAUUUUAUUUAUGAAAAUUUUCCAGCUUUAAUUUAAAUUAUGAAUAUUUAAUUUUUCAAGGGCAUUUUAGUAAAAGUAAUGCUCGGCCAAGCAAGGGUGUUACACCCGCCACAGACGAGCAGAUUGCUCAUUGGCAUUUGAAUUAUGCGCGGGUGAGAUCAUGAAUUUUAGGUUCUUUUAAAUAAUUAUCCAUGGCAGAUGGAAUAAUGAAAGCAAUUUACUCGCCAAUUGACAGUAUUGUCUUUUAUGUAUGAUUAAUUGAUUUUGCAGAUUUAAGAUACUUCAUCGUGACAUCUUCUCAACCACCAAAUAAAAAAGCGAAAAACAACAUUGUUUUCUUACUAUCAACAUAAGGAAUCUCAAACAUAUCAGACAGAAGAAGUCCCUCCUAACGAAGGUCAACCAUAUUCCUCUCCAGUUCAAAACCAAUCAUCUACUUCUCCUCUAUCUGGUAAUUUACAUCCAUCAUCUGACGGUGGAAUUGAAGUUGAAAUAGAUCCAGGAAAGAGGAAACAAAUAGGGGUGACAUUCGGUUUUUCUGUUAACGGCUUAACCAGUAACCGUAUCGGUAACUGUGAUUACCGGAUAAACCGUUAACCGUAACGGUUAUCGGAUGAAAAGUUUGGGACGGCGGUAUACCAGAAAUCGAGUGCUAAUUAACCAACGGGAAUCCGGUUGUCCGAUACCGGAUUUGCAGGGCUACUAGCGAUUCUCCUAGUUAAAAUUGGUUCUCUAGCCUAUUAGGAAAAGGAAUUACAAUUACUAAUAUCAGUCCUACUAAUUAAUUAUUGUGCUCUCUCCCCUCUCGCUCUCUGCCUGGCGUGUAACACCCGGUAUUUUCGAUUUAGGUUCGACUAUAAUACGUGAUCGGUUAGAUUGACGGUUAGGUACUAAGAGUUACAACCGCGGAUUAGAAAUAAUAAUAAUUAUUAUUAUUAUAACAUUAUUUAUUUAAAAAAAAAAAGAGAAGAAAACAAAGUGGGGCGGCCAAACCCUCUCCCCUUUUAAUAAAACCCUAGGCCACUCUAAAAUCUCAAUACUAACCUAAUCCCCGUCACUUCUCCAUCUUAAUUCUGUCCCAUGCUGCCACUAAUUACCCGAGUAGACUAGAGAGCCAAGUUUAUGCAAAGGGAGUGGGUUUUUCAAGGAAGCGGCAGCGAAAGCGAAAAAAGAAAGAGGGAGUAGUCCAGGCGAAGGGAUUGAUAUACGUGGCAGCUUCAAAAUCGAAGGGGGGUUUUAUGGAGUCCGGAUCUGGUGACUAAGGGGGGGUGCUUAGUCACUUGGCUAAGCCCCCCUUAGCCUUUAGAUUAAUCUAAUGGUCCAGAUAAAGUGUUCAAUUAUUAUUAAAUGAAAAGGGUAGUUUUGGCAUUAUCAUAAAUUCAUUAAUUUUUAAUUUCAGUUUUAUUUUAUUUUUUUUCCUUCCUCUCCAACCGUCUCCUUCUUUCACGUUCACAAAGAGAGAGAGAGAGGGGAUGGAGAUGCGCGAUUUCAACGGCGACGGUGAGAGAAGGCCCGACGGCGGCGAUGGAGAAAGAAAGAAGAUCUCGACGGCGUUGAUGGAGAGAGGAAAAGGCGUCGCGACGGAGGCGGUAGCAUUGGAGAGGGAGAAAGUAGAUCUAGAGAGAGGCGAUGGCGGAGAGAGAGAGAGGCGAUGGCGGAGAGAGCUUCGACGACGAUGGAGGAGAGAGAAGCAGCGCGGUGAUGGAGAGAGAGAGGUAACGACGGCUGUAGAGAGAGUCGGCGGCGGCGGUGGAGAGACAUCAUCUGAAGGAAGAACAGUGAUUUGUAUAGUUUGUAUGUUUUGUAACAUUAGUUUGUAUUGUUAGUAUUUUUGUACAAAAUGUAAGUAUGGUUUGUAUAGUUUGUAUGUUUUGUAAUAUUAAUUUGUAUACUUUAUAUGUAUUGAUUUGUGCUGCAAAUCACGUCGCUUUGUAUUGUAAAUACUAAUAAUUUGUAUACAUUAUAUGUAUUGAUUUGUGAUUCAAAAAACAUUACAAACAUAUUUGACAAAAAUGACAAACAUGUGGACAAAAAUAACAAACAUUACAAACAAUACAAAAGAAACCAACAAACAUUACAAACAUUACAAAAUAACAAACAUUAUAAACAAACAUUACAAAGCAUAUUACACGUACAGAAUAUCACUACUUACAAUACAGAUUGGUAAACUUGUAUUACAAACAAAUGAAUACAAAGUAUACAAAUCAUAACAUAAAAGUAUACAAACUUGAAUAACAAAAGUUACAAAUACAAACCAAUGAAUAGAAAGUGUAUAAAUCAUAACAUAAAGUAUACAAACUAGACAAACAAACAUUACAAUGUAUACAAAAUAUUACAAAGCAUUACAAACAAACAUUACAAAGCAUACUACACGUACAGAAUAUCACUACAUUACAAAACAUUACAAAACAUUACAAAAAUAACAAACAUUACAAACAAUACAAAAGAAACCAACAAACAUUACAAACAUUACAAACAUUACAAACAAACAUUACAAACAUUACAAACAAACAUUACAAAGCAUACUACACGUACAGAAUAUCACUACUUACAAUACAGAUUGGUAAACUUGUAUUACAAACAAAUGAAUACAAAGUAUACAA